AUGCGUCGCCCAUAUAUGGAUGCUAUGGCACUGGUUCAACGUUUUGGCAAACCAGACCUAUUUAUCACAAUGACAUGUAAUGCUGAUUGGGCGGAGAUUCAAGAAAAUUUACACGAAGGCCAACUUCCUCAAGACAGGCCUGACUUGGUGACAAGAGUUUUCAGAGCUAAAUUGCAGGACUUAAAGGAUCAAAUAUUCCACAAACAAAUAUUUGGGCCAAUCGCAGCGCAUGCAUUUGUGGUUGAAUUUCAAAAAAGAGGUCUACCUCACAUACACCUUUUAUUAAUACUUAAAGAAGGGCCCAAGAUAAUAUCACCAUAUCAGUAUGACAAGUUUAUUACAGCGGAAUUGCCAGACAAAGACGAAUAUCCACUAUUGCACGAAUUAGUUGUCAAGAAUAUGAUGCACGGUCCAUGUGGAAACUAUCGUCCAUCAAAUCCUUGCAUGAAGGAUGAUCAGUGCAAAAACCAUUAUCCUCGACCAUUUAGCAAUAAGUCAAUACAGGGAUAG